AUGAGGAAUAUGGACUCGAAAGCUACAGAAGAAGAGGUUAGAACAGCAAUAGAAGGAGCCCUCGGGAAGCCAGACAAUGGCAGGAGGGUAGUGCGGUGCCACAAGUGCCUAGGCUUCGGACACCGAAGGGAUCAGUGCAAUGGAGCAGAUAGAUUGACCCUCUGCUAUAAGUGUAGAGGACCCGAUCACCGCAUGGCUGAGUGCCAGAUGGAACCGAGCUGCUUCCUCUGCAAAGAGGAUGGAAUGAGCAAAGAGGACUGUAAACAUGUAGUUGGACCUGGCGGCUGCAUUGUUUUCAAGCGCGUUCUGGACAGGGCAAAGAAAAAGAAAAGGAGAGCCUAA